AUGCCACCAACGUCGUACCCACUGGGCAUUUCAUUCCCACCUCACGAUAUACACGCCAUCUCUGUAUCCAUGCCAAAGUGGGAGCAUGUGAUAGGCUACGAAGAAGGAGAUUCGAAGAUUUUAAAUGUCAUGGUCUGUGGUUAUCCACGUUUCUUUCGUCAUCCAGCAGUUGUGGCACUCGAGACUGCAACUCAAACUCAUUUGUUUCCCAAUGAUGAUAUUAACAAAUGGGAGGUCAUGAUUGUGCCAACUUUUGACGUAGCCAAGCGUUUACAAUCGUUUCUAGUCAUGAGCAAUUCUGAUUCGACCAAACCUGACGAAGUGACUAUUCAUACAUUCAAGAAUAUCAUUUACGCUGUGCGCUACAGACAUCAUGUAAAAUCAACUGCAAAAGCCUAUUGGCAACAUACGGGUGAAAUCAUUUCAUCACGUCAUGCAACUCAUUUGAUGCAAUUAUUUCAAAACAAUCAAGAAUUCCAACCUCAAGCUAUUCGUGACUCGAAGCAUCAUUUGAGACUCCAACAACGUAUUGCAGAACUUUAUCUUUCGUUAAAUGAUCCAAAGAAAGUUGCUUUGUAUGCUACUGGAAUGAGUGCAAUCUUUGCAAGUGUAAGAUUAUUACAAACAUUGAAAGGAAGGAAUGUGAAAAGUGUUUUGAUUGGAUUUCCGUAUGUUGAUACACUCAAGAUCUUGUCUCGAAACGAAUGGUGUCCACAAGGAGUUUAUUUCUUUCCAACAUGUGGAGAACAUGAGAUGAAAGAAAUUGAAAAGAUUUUGAAAAAUGAAAAGAUUCUUGGCAUUUGGACGGAAUUCCCUAGUAAUCCUUUACUAUCGAUGGCAGAUCUUAAACAACUUGCUCAACAUGCACAUGAAAAUGGUACUUUAUUGGUUGUUGACGAUACAAUUGGAUCGUAUAAUAUAAAUCCGAUGAAACACGAGUGUGCAGACGUAGUAGUUACUAGUCUAUCAAAGAUUUUCAGUGGGUCAAGCAAUGUGAUGGGAGGAAGUCUGGUGCUGAAUCCUAUGAGUUCAAUGAUUCAAGAACUUGAAACAAAUUUGAAUGUUCAAAACGACUCGUUUUUAUUUGAAGAUGAUGUUUUGAUUUUACUUGAGCAGUCGCAAACUCUUAAUCAGCGUUUAGCAAAGACAAAUGCUACUACGUUUGAGAUUGUAAAGAAAAUGGAAAACCAUCCAUUGGUGAAGGAUGUGUUCUAUCCGACAAGAGGCGAUGUCAAGCAUCUAUUUGAUCCAUUUGUAAAAGAAUCAGUUGAAAAGGAGAAACCUCAUUUUGGACCACUUUUUUCAAUUGUUCUGCACGGUGGUUGUGAACCAGCUAAAGCAUUUUACGACGCAUUGACGUGUGCGAAAGGUCCAAGUCUUGGUACGAAUUUCACGUUGGCGUGUCCGUAUUCUCUGCUUGCACAUUAUGUUGAGCUAGACUUGAUUGAGUCUUACGGUGUCGAUCGAAAUCUCAUUCGAAUUUCAAUUGGUCAGGAAGACUGUGAAAUACUCUGGGCGAAUUUUAAACACGCUUUAGACGUUGCCAGUACCACCGUUUCAACGUCGAAUUAG